AUGAUGCUGAUCUCAUUUUCAGUGCGAACGCAUUUGUUGAUCCGUUCGAAGAGGAGGAGCGAAGAUCCCGAACAGAAAUGUGGGUGGAAUCAACCUCACCUGGAUACGCGAGCGACGAUGAACCUAAGCAGGCUUUCGGCUUCAGAAUCGGAUGGGUCCGUCCCAAUUCCGGAGGUUAAGGUUUCUGCGUGCUCCGAGAAGAGCGUCAGCGCCAGUCCGCCUGGCAACACAACCACUUCGACGACGGGUGUUGAUGAAGAAUUGCAGCCAUCUAUUCAGAUUCAACUUAACGACGAAGUCCUUCCAAAUACGAGUAAACAAAAAAUGGAUAUGACUAGAAUGGAUUCAUUGACGACAUCGGAGAAAAGCGAAGCGAAUUCGUUGGUCAGCUCCGAGAUGGAUAAAGUGAGCCUUGUGAAAAUGAGAUUCAACUGCAAUCUUCACCGUGCCAGAGAGGAUGCAAAGAAAGAGGUAAGCCGCUGGAAUAAUUUGAAGAAGUCGAUCUGGAGAACUUUGAUCGGUUCUGGCGAUACCUGUACAAAAAAUCCGAGCCAAGUGAGGAGUCCGAUAAGAAGAAGCGCGACGAGAAACAGGAGGAUCACAGAAACAACUCGUCGACGUGGCCGAACCCCAGCGCCUUCCAUUGAGCGAGUGGUGCUCUACUACACAACUGAUCGUCGUAUAUCGUUAACGCCGUCGGCGUCGUCGUUAUCGCCAUCACCAGAGCCAAACUCGCAGCGAUCCUUCACCGUCGACUCCGGCAGACAUCUUUUCAUUCAGUCAAAUAAGCCUCCUGUGACUGCUCAAGAUUCCACCUCCUCAGAGCCAUUGGGCGAUAUCGUGGUGCCAGUUGUGCAGGCUAACUCUCAACAAUCUCCUGUGUCAAAACAGGAGGAAAUCUCCACUUCAUCGAAACCUGUACCACCGACAACCUAUUGGAAAGCUCCGGUAUCCCAGCAAGAUUCGAUGUCAUCAGAGCCCAUAGGCGAUAUUGUGGUUCCAAUCACCAAUCGACCUCCAAGUGGCAGUGAACGCUCGAAAACCAAGGAACCACGAACCCUUGGCAGCAAAAUUGUGAUUUACGAGUCAGAAGAAGCCGCACCAAGCAGGGAAGAGGCGACAGUUGAUGAAGUGAAGGAGCAGGUUGAAAUCCCCGCAUCGAGCAGUCAGGUAGAGGGUGAAGUUAACAACUCGGUAGAUGGCAACGUAUUCUUCCUUUUGGACGAAUUGUCUGGCAGUGAACCAGACGAGGGAAGAGUGGAUGUGAGCCACGUAUACGAAUACCAACGGUCUCCUGGUCUCCUGUAG